AUGUCAGCAGGCGAAGCCGACGGGCAAGAAUCGCAACUCAAACACGACGCCGAGUCGUCCGUCAAGCGCAACCCGCACGGCGACUUCAGCAAGGUUCAAGCCUCGCGGCCGGACUGGGACGACGGCCGCUCAUGGCACUUCACCAAAACGCGCAACCCGGAGUGGACGUACGGGUCUGGCGCGACCGUCAAAUCCGACGCCCCGCACAUCAGCAUCGACCCGUACGGCGAGGGCAGGUUACCGGUGCAGAACUACAAGUUGCUGAUCAGCGGCAUCAUACCCCGGCCGAUUGGAUUCCUGAGCACGCGCGCAAAGGACGGCACGAGCACGAAUCUCAGCCCGUUCAGCUACACGCAGAUGUUCAACCACGACCCGCCCAUCUUCUGCGUCGGCUUCUCCGGCGGGUUCGACAACGAGAAGGACACGCUGAGGAAUCUGGUCGAGAGUGGCGAGUGCGUGAUCAAUAUGGUUAGUGAUGAUUUCGUCGAGGCGGCCAACGCCAGUGCGAUUGAUCUGCCCUACGGGAUGAGUGAAUGGGCUGUGUCCGGACUGACGGCCGCGGAAUGCGAGGUCGUCAAGUGCUCGCGGGUCAAGGAGAGUGUGUUUGCCGUCGAGGGCAAGUUGGUGUCCACGCAGGAGUUUGAGUCCAAGAAUCCAAACACGCCAGGGAAGAAGACGGGGGUAUUGGCGAUUAUUGAGGGCGUGAGGUUCUGGGUGAGAGAGGAUGCAAUCAAUGAGGACAGGACCUUGAUUGAUCCGGCGGUGCUGAGGCCCGUGGCAAGAUUGGGCGGCAUCACCUACUCGAGGGUUGUUGAUGGGUUUGAAAUACCCAGACCGGUUUUGAAGGACGAGAAGGAGUCGGGGAAGAUUGGGGACGAUCUGUUGAAGCGGAAGGUAGACGGACAGUGA